AUGGAUGGGGCUGAACUAAUACAAGAGCAUGAGCUUGCCGCUGUUGAGCAAAUAGCUGAGGCAGCUGCUGAAUCAGCCAAGAAUCAGGACAGUUAUGUGGUGACCCUAACAUCAUAUUUGCCCAAGCUUGACCAGUUCUAUAUCCCAGAAUGGCUCACGAUGAGAGUUCUGACAGGUUAUAUAUAUAGUUGUACACCAUUGUUCUCCUACGGUGCAGCCAUUCUCAGUAUUGAGAGGUGUCAAACUGCAUUUGGGUUUUCAAUUGACAUAUGUGCAACUAUGCUGAUAGCGAGUAUAUUAAGGAUAUCGUAUUUUUUCUUUGUCCCAUACGAAGUAACACUAUUACGACAAUCAAUAAUCAUGGUUUUGGUACAAUUGUUACUGUUAAGAACCACUUUAAAGUAUCGUCCUGAAGAGUAUAAAUACGAUAAUCUACAAUCUGUUGAGCCAUUCACACAGCUGAUUCAUGAUGUUUGGUUUGAGUACUUUGCAAUCAGAAACAAACCAAGAAUGUUCAGUGACGAAUGGAAGAACCUACUGCGGUCAUUAUCUUUUGAGAGACUGAUGGGAUUUAUAUUCAAGAUAUUUUUGGUAUUUGUCUAUAAGUUUCUGAAAUUCUUUGACCCAAGUUUCAAAAGAGUGGGCUCCUUCUGGCAAUGGAACGAUGAUCGCAAAUAUUGGAAGUUCCUCAUCAUAUUUGCAACUUUUCAAUUCUCUUUCACUCUGUUGAUAACAAAAGUGAUAGCUUGGGAGAAUUUUGCACAUAAUGUGGGAUCCUUAAUCGGUGGAAUCAGUUUGUUAGUAGAAUCGCUCCUGCCUUUACCACAGAUUUCAAUCCUGCACAAGUUAAAAUCAGUUCAAGGAUUCAAGAUUAUUCUGUUGAUCAGUUGGCUAUGUGGUGAUACUGUCAAGUUAUCCUUUUUGUUGUCUUUAAACAGCGGUGAAAAAAACGUAGACACCAGUUCUUUAUUUGAAUUUUUUGCAUUAUUCCAAAUGGGAUUGGACUUUUAUAUCGGCGGUCAGUAUAUAUACUACAAGUUCUACUAUAACCCAGAAGGAACCGUUGUGAAUGGAUAUAGAGGUACACCAGUCAUUGGAGGAUCACAAGACCACGAAUUUAUGGAGUUACAGAACGAAUUUGCUGAUGGGCCCUUAAAUGAGCUGAAUGAGAAGGCCUUCAAUGGGAAAGAGCAUAGAUCAAACUCAACACCAAAACGAAAAUUGAGUUAUAGCCAGCAUUUAUCAAAGACACCAUCUUCUUCAAGGAAAGCAAGUAUAGGAAACAUAGAAGUAUCAAGUCCAAGGCGAGGCCACUCAAAAUCAUACACAUUCUCCUCUGAGAAAUCGGCUACGUAA